CGUGCAUCGGAUCCGCCGCCUCCCCUCCCACUCCCUCCACCCCCAGCAAUUAACCCCACCCCACCAUAAGCACUGAAAUUCCGUGCGCGGUACAUACGAUGUCCCGUCGUUUGAUUGCUUCCUUACCCCUAACGGCUCGAGCUUGGGUCGGAUCAGCCCUAUGGCUAUGUAUGUACAUCUCACCGGUUCGUCAUGUACUAUGUACUAUACAUUGUACUACGCUAUGGCCAUCAUACUCAUACCUAUGUCAUAUCCACAUCAAGAACGAGAACGAGAAUGUGUCGCUGGCGGCUGACCUACCUGCGCUGCAGACAGACAGACAGAAAGACAUGUCAUUGUCACUCCGUCAGCCCCUGCGCCUAGUCGCGCAAACAUUCACGAGUCACUCGUUGUCGAGCAAGCACUCGACCGCACGCACGCACGCGAUGACUGAAAUGCAUGCAAAAUAAACCGAGAAUCGCUCUCUCUCUCGCGAUGACUGAAGUACAUACUCCGUCAUCAUGAUGCGCAAGUACUUACUUGCUACCACCUGGCGGCGCACCAGCCUUACGCACCGAGUUCAAGUGGUGCGCCUCGCUCGGAUAACCCAAGACAUCCAGUGUUCAGCGUCCGGCGUCGUCCGAUUAAUCCACUCAUACCUCUGGAGUCGGUACUUACUCG